GGACAGCUGGUUAGAAUCUGGAUUAAGAUUAGUCUGUUACACAAGAUGAGUGAUCCAGAAGCUCACAGAAUAAAACUUGAAGAUACUGAUGAACAAAGAGUUCUGUUUGGUGUUGUGACCGGUGAGAUAAACACAGCGUCAGUGAUGGAGGGAGAUUUUGUCACUCUACAGACUGGUGUAGUAAAACAAAGAGGGGAUCUUAUAGUGUGGUAUUUUGGGUCUGAAAACACACUUGUUGCACAAAUAAAUGGAAAGGCCAAUAGCAACAAAAUAUAUGAUGAUGUUGAUGGGAGAUUUGGAGGCAGACUGACACUGGACAAUCAGACUGGAUCUCUCACCAUCAAAAAUAUCACCACUGUACACUCUGGACUUUAUAAGCUUAAGAUAAGCAGCAGUAACAAGGUCUCAUACAAAACAUUCAAUGUUACUGUUAAUGAAACUGUCAUCACCGGAUAUUCUCCACAAAAUUCAUCAUCAGAAGGGCAAUCAAAUUCAAAAUGUGUGUUUGUCUUGUGUUCAGUGAUGGAGGUACCUAAUCAAGUUUUUUCCAUCCUACCCACUCUUGUUGCAGUGUGUAUGACUGUAGUACUAAUCAUCGUUCUUACAGCUGUCAUCUGCUACAGGAAACACAUAAAUGCAGAUCAAAAAGGCUUUUUAAAAGUGUCGCAUGCUGAAACCAAUGUUCUGACCGAAGAAAGGCGUUUUAAGGACAACAUUUUUGCAACAUUACAUGUAGUUUUAUAAAUGGUGCAAUUGGCCCUGUCCUUUGGAUGAGACAUUAAACCAAGGUCCUUGGUUUUUCCAUUAAUAUUUAUUCCAUUAAUGUGGUCAUUAUAAAUCCCAGGGAGUUUCUUGAAAAUGGUGUAACCCUGACGUCCUGGCCAAAUUUGACAUAUAUCCAUCAUGGCUAAAUCAUUCUGGUGGGUGUUAUGGCUGACACAAAAGAAAAGCUAUUAUUUGAACUACAUUUCUCAGUAGCGAGGUGGUAGAUUUGCUUGUUUUUAAAUUUAGUAGCUUUAAACAAACCUAUUUAUUUGGUAUUUUAUUUAUUUUAUUUUAUUUAGGUUGCUGCAUUUUAUGCUGCAUUUUACAUCAAGCCGUGUUCCGUUGUUUAGUCUGGGAGAUUUAUAAUCAGACGUAAAGAUGAAUCACAAAUGAAUCACUCUUUUGAGUCAGUUCUUUACAAUCAAUUGGUCACAUUGUUUUACUGUUUUUAUGAAAAGCCUGUAAUAGCCUUUUUAACUGACCCUGUAGUGUGGCAUGUCUUCACUUAAAUACCUUGAACAUGGUCUACACAACCAAAGGUUUUGCAUGUUUAUUAACUUUCUUUGUUAACAGUUUUUUUUUUUUUACUACACUUUUUACUUUUUUUACAAUAAAGAUUGUGAAUUACAGUAUUGAUUCCUGCUGCAGUUGAUCAAAAACUCCUAGAUUAAAUUAAAAUCCAAUUAAUGCCCCAUGAUCAACUCUGUGAUGAUUCUCAAAAUAAAACAUUUGAAUACUGUAUGUACAGUGGGUUAACAAUAGAUUCUGCAUUUAAAUGUCUAAAUGUCACAAAAAGCUUAUUUAAAAAGUAAUACUGAGGAAAAACAGAUCAAAUGUUAUCA